AUGGAGAACACUUCUGCAGCUGCCAUGGAAUUCAAUGCCACUGUAAGGGGAGGCGAAGUCCUAUCCAAGAUGCCCCUGAACUCUCUAGAGGUACAGGCUGUUACUAUACUGCUUGCGCUGGUCAUAUGUGGAGUCGGCAUCGCGGGUAACGUCAUGGUAGUAAUAGUUGUGCUCCGGACAAAACAUAUGGUCACCCCAACAAAUUGUUACUUGGUUAGCUUGGCUGUUGCGGACUUUAUCGUUCUGUUGGCCGCAGGUCUACCCAAUAUCUCGGAAGUUGUCGCCUCAUGGGUGUAUGGUUACGCAGGAUGCCUCUGCAUCACAUACCUACAAUAUCUGGGCAUCAACGUCUCCUCUUGCUCAAUCACUGCGUUUACCGUUGAACGAUAUAUUGCCAUUUGUCACUCAAUUAAAGCGCAAUUUAUCUGUACCGUGUCCCGCGCAAAGAAGAUAAUCGCGUGCGUUUGGAUUUUUACUUCUCUGUAUUGCGUUAUGUGGUUAUUUUUGGUGAAUACCAGCGAGACAGUAUAUGUGGAUGGGGUGGUGGUCAGGUGUGGCUAUCGUGUCUCCAGAAACCUCUAUAUGCCCAUUUACUUCUUGGACUUUUCCUUGUUUUAUAUAAUACCACUUAUUUUAGCCACUGUGUUGUACGGUCUAAUCGCCAGGAUUCUGUUCAUGAACCCACUGCCCUCCGACCUCAACGACAGAGCUGGUCAUUUGUCUGUUCAUCAAGGACGAAAAAACAUAAAAAUGGGGUUCAGUCAAUCAAAUAGAGGAGUAGUAUCUUCAAGGAAACAGGUCACUAAAAUGUUAGCGGUGGUGGUAGUCCUGUUCGCCCUGCUCUGGAUGCCCUACCGCAUGCUAGUAGUGGUCAACUCCCUCAUGGAUCCUCCGUACCUCAACACCUGGUUCCUGCUCUUCUGUCGAAUGUGCAUUUACGUCAACAGCGCCAUCAACCCCAUCAUCUACAACCUCAUGUCGCAGAAGUUCCGCGCUGCAUUCCGUAAACUGUGCCACUGCCAGCGGCAGGUGCCGGAGAAGGUGAGCAGGCACGACGUUCCCGUGUACUACAGUGCCAUGAAGGACUGCUCCCAGGAGAGCGCUAACGCCCAUGUCAGAGAACAGCGGGACGUCAGCACCAUGUUUAGCAUCGCCUGAGGGUUCCUUGUCCCCCGUUUUACAGAAAUACAUGGAUAUGAAAAUAGUGUUGACAUUAGGCAUUCAUAAUUGGCUUAGGUCUGCUAAUGUAUUUGUGGAGCUAAUUCUUA